AUGUCGUCUGGGUGUAUUCGAAUCUCCCAGCAAAACUACUACAGCACUCACAACGCCCUGGUCGCCAGCGUCGAUGAUCAGUCUGUACGCUUCGUUCUCCAUGAACUCGAAGGCACCAGACAUGGAGCGCUACGCAUCUUUCCAUUCUACGAUAUUCAAGUAUUUUUACACCACUCAUUCUAUUUUACUAGUUAUACUAUUUUACUAAUGAUAAAGCGAUUAUUGAUAAAGAAGUUAUCGUUGCCGAUGAGUACAAGGGUGAAGGACUUGCGUAUCCUUUACAAGGGCCAGGAAUUACCAAAUUAUCGUACCAUGGACUGUUACAUUAAUAACUCCAAACGCGACGAUAAACUCUACUGGUGCCUCAAACAAUCACCCCAAGGAUCCGGAAUACGACCCCUCGGAAUGAAGAUGAAUAUGAGAAUGCAGGAGUUGUUUAACGAAGUUGCAAUUUCAAUGAAAAACAACAUUAAACCCAAACUCACCCUCGAUGGCACCGGAGGUACAUAUGAGAUUAGUAAUUUGAGUGGGAAGUGUGUGGGUAUAUUUAAGCCUUGUGACGAGGAGGCGUUUACGCCGUAUAACCCUCGGGGUUACACUGGGACUAUGAACCAGCAGGGCUUCAGGCCAGGCGUACUCUCCGGCGAAGGCGCCACCAGAGAAGUGGCAGCCUAUCUCUUAGACGCAACCUAUAAAAAUUUUGCCAAUGUCCCAACGACGAUCAUGGUGGAAAUCGCACACCAGUCACUCAAUAACUCAAACACCAAUAACCUCACCAAUAACUACCUCUCCUUCAACUCCAACGCCAUCACCGAUAAUUCCAUAGGGAGGUUGGGGAGUUUUGGCGGUACUGGCUCCGUAAAUGCAUUAAAGUGGAAGAUUGGGAGUUUGCAAGAGUUUGUGGUAUCAAGGGGCACGAGUGGAAAUUACAAUUACAACUUCUUCAGCGUGGAAGACGUGCACAAAAUCGCAAUCCUAGACAUCAGACUCCUCAACCUCGAUCGCAACGACUGCAAUAUCCUAGUCACCAGCUCACAAACCACCAACAGCACCAGCACCGAAAAUCCAUACCCUAACACAUACCCUAACUCACCAUACCCUAACACAUACCCUAACUCACCAUACCCUAACGCAUACGGUAAUACAUAUGGUAAUACAUAUGGUGAGCAAAUUACACAUGCUGUGGAGGGUACGCGUAUGGCGUCUGAAACGCCUGCUAGAACUGGUAACAUAGAGAAUAAGAAAGAUGAGAAAUAUAAAUUGGUGCCGAUUGAUCACGGAUUGAUAUUGCCUGACAUAAUUGACAUUUGUGACUUGGACUGGGUGUGGUAUCACUGGCCGCAGUGUAAGGUGCCCUUCAGUGCCCAGGAACUUGAGCUGAUCUUCUCCUUCAACGUGGACAAAGACAUUGAGCUGCUGCGGAAGUAUUUACACAUUCGCGAGGAGUGCCUCAGGACCAUCAAGGUGACGACAAAGUUCCUACAAAUCGCCGCCUCAAUGAAUUUAAACCUCUUCCAAAUCGCCACCAUCAUCGUCAGACAUGACAUCGACGUUCCCUCUGAACUCGAAAUCAUCAUCACCAAAGCCAUCGAACAAGCGUAUAAGAUGAGUGAUAAUACGAGUAUAAUAAGUAGGAACAGGUUGGGUAAUAUAAUAGACUUGAUGGAAAACACCAUUAAUCCCAUCAUCACCGGCGAACACACUGAACCCACUGUACAGCCUGUAGCACCAAAUGACACUGAAGAUGACUCGACUCACGCAGAUUUGGACACUUCCGAACUACCCUCGUCAACUUUCUUCCACUAUCCCUCACAAACCGAUACUGAUCACAGAGAUACUGAUAACACUGGUGAUAACACUAACAGAUAUACUGAUAACACGGGUGAUAACAGAGGUGACAACAGUAUGAGAGAUGUUGACAUGGAUAAGAUAAGAACAAAGAGUACGAUAAGAAGAAUAAGAAAGAGUACGGUGAGUAAUAAUACGUGGACGAUUUCGGAUUCGGGCGGGCAUCCAAUCCUGAUCGAGUGGGAUGAAAAGUUUAAUAAUUUAUUCUUCAAGAUUUUGGAGGAGAUGCUCGUGGGAAACGUACAGAGGCUGCACCCAAAUUGGAACACAUACCCCUCCAACGGAAACCAACGGCACAUUCACCAAAAUACAACACUCCCCUUUAAAACCAUUUGGUUCAACUAAUAUAUACAAUCAUUUACAA